GGAGCGAACAGUUCGGCAGCGCGACCCGACGUGGGCACUUCGCUGUCCGGCCUUUCUUCAUUAAAAUAUUAUCCGUACCCCGACGUAUUCGUGGCCCGUGGAUGAGAGUACCGCGCACCCUUAUUAAACCAAUAUCGCGGUUAAACUAGCUCGUCAGAAGCAAUAAUCCGCGAACGUGGCAACGAAUCAAGAAGAAAGUGCCAGGUAUUUUACCAGUGACCCGAAUUUUUCUAGUGAGUGUGUGACUUUUGACCUCUUGUGAUAUAUAUAUACACAUAUAUAUAUCCAUUGGUCAAGAAGAAUUCGCGGUGUGACUUCCUAUAUAUAUAUAUACAUAUUCGUUUUAACUCGGAGCACCAAGUGCGCGAGUUCCUUUAUCUGACGCUGUGAAAUUAAUUUAUAUAUUGGAUGAUCUCUUUCUCUCUAUAUGAUAUCACGGAUUUCAUCGUGAUUUAUAAUUAAGUGCCAGGACGUGUUCGAAGGUGUACAUACAAGAACACCGUCUGUUAGCGGUUUCACAGUGCCAAUAUAAAGCAAGGGGUCAUGCCCAUCUAUAAAUAUUUGCUUCCUUACCACCUUAUCUAAGGUCGAGGUCAGUGCGAAAACCCUGGGUAAUCAAACCCAAGAGUAGACGUGCAGUACAGUGUUUCAAAAAAUACAGUGCAUUCCUGCAACCAGGAAAAGUGGACGCUCCGGGAUAUGAACCCAGGUACGACCUGGGGUUGCGUCGGGGUAGCUAAUAAAGUGUCUACCGGGGGCGCGGAAGAAGGUACGACGGAGAGGCAGGUUGUGAGUGGGUCGACGUGCGCGACAGUAGAGAGAAGAAAGCCAGGAAGUCGAGAGUGCGAAGGCGCAGGCGCCGUGGGUGAUGUGAGGCUGGCGCCCGCCUCACGUUUGGGGUGAUGCCCUCCAGUGAGCCCCAUCCCUCCCAGUACCACCUUCAGCAUCACAACAUUCCUCCCUCACACCUUCAGCAACAUUCGUCGAACGCGAUCGGGCAACAUCAGCUAUACCAGCAGCUGGUGGUGGCCCAUCAUCAGCAACAGCAACAUCAUCAGCAGCAACACGGCGGGCCUUUUCAAAAUUCCACGUACGCGCAGCAAAAACAAGAGAUGAGCCCGGAGGAGGAGGGUGGUCGAGGGGGCGGGUCCCCCCCGACUGCCGGGGCCGCUCUUCAUCCACCUCAUCAUCCCCGCACGGCGAGCCCACCCUCCGGCACCGAACCUUGCACGAGAGAUGCUAUUCCAACACCCACCCCGAUCGUGGACACGACGACCACAACUACAACCGCGAUCCCCAUUCAAUCGCAGGGUCAACAGCAAACGCAACAAGGUUCAAGUCCAAGUCAGAGUCCAACCGGUGGUGAUGUGGAAAAAUUCGACGGUAAAAUCGUCUACAAUCCCGAUGGUUCGGCGUACAUCAUUGAGGGCGAGAGUGAGCUCAGUGAAGAUGAUUCAUUACCGGACGGCUGUAUCGUUGACGGUCGAGGAGUUUCCGUACCCCAUUCAUUGGUAUUUCCUCAAAUCGCCAGCGCAUACUACGUUUCCAGGCUCUAUGCUCAUCAAGCCUAUCAGCAGCAGCAACAACAGCAGCAACGCACCUCGGCGACGCAACACAAUCCCGAUCUCCCGGUAAUGCACAGUUAUCGAGUCAUCAGCUACAGAAGCGCCGAGGGCAGUAAACAACCGCCACCACAGCCCGUUGCACCACCAUCGCCCGCUGCCACUGUCCCCGUCAAACCCAUUCUCAUGUGUUUUAUUUGCAAAUUGAGCUUCGGUUACGCAAAGAGUUUUGUCGCUCACGCUCAAGGUGAACAUCAAUUGACACUCAUGGAGGACGAGAGACAAAUUUUGUCACACUCGACAGCCUCUGCCAUUCUCCAGGCUGUGGGCCGAAGUAAACAGCCUCUGGUCAGCUUCCUCGAACCAGUUACAAGUUCCACUUGUUCAACAACGUCGCCCGGACAAACACAAGGUCAACAACAGCAGCGAAGCGAGGGGAGCGAAAUCGAAAUACCCACUACCACGAGCACUCCAGCAAGUACACCUGGAGUGCCAAGUAGUCCGUUGCAGCAGCAACACAGGCCAUCGCCAAGCACUCCCACAACACCCACAUCUCACACGAAUCAUCCCCUCUCAUACAAUCAUCAUCAAUGGCCCGCUGCUCAAGUCAGUGCAGCAUCAUGGGCCAAGGCACCCGACGCCGCGAUGCAUUAUACCUCACCACCACCAUCGGCCUCCACAAAAAGUUCUCCAUCCUCCUACGCUGCAUUAACGCAACAACCACCAAAUUUUCUCACCGGCACGACAAUUGGCGUUUGUCCCGAACACAUGCAAGGCAGACCCAGCGGCGUCGAAUGUCCCAAAUGUGAACUCAUUCUGGCCAGCAGUCGAUUAGCUGGUCCAGGCGGUCCACUCGCCGGCAUUCACAGUCGGAACUCCUGUAAAACCCUCAAGUGCCCAAAAUGCAACUGGCACUACAAAUAUCAGGAGACACUUGAAAUUCACAUGAAGGAAAAACAUCCCGAAAGUGAAACGUCCUGCAUCUAUUGCAUCGCCGGACAACCACACCCAAGGUUAGCGCGAGGCGAAACCUAUACCUGUGGCUACAAGCCCUACAGGUGCGAAGUGUGCAAUUACUCGACGACAACUAAGGGAAAUCUUAGUAUACAUAUGCAAAGUGACAAGCACUUGAACAACAUGCAGGAGAUCCAACAGGGUGGCGGUGGUGCAAGUUCCGCCUCUACAAAUCCCUCAUCAUCUCAGGAUGCACCCCUACCAACACGUAGUCCCCAUCAUCAACAGAAUCACAGUCCACACCUUGGCUGUCAAACAGCAACACAAGGAAAGCCCAAACCAACGUUUCGCUGUGAUGUUUGCAAUUACGAAACGAGCGUUGCCAGAAAUCUCAGGAUACACAUGACCAGUGAAAAACACACGCACAACAUGCUCGUACUGCAGCAGAACGUGAAACAAAUGCACGCACUCUCAGCCCUACAGAGUCAUCAUCAGCAGGCGCAACAACAUCAUCAUCAACAAGCUCAACAGCAACAUCAACAACAACUCGAGCAAUUGAUACACCUCGGCGGUCUCGACAAACCCCAACACGCUGAAGCCGCUCUCGCCGACAUGGCCUACAAUCAAGCCCUUCUUAUUCAAAUGAUGACCGGCGGACAACUACCUCCCCAAUUGCCACCCGAAUUAAUGGGCGGCAUGGCCAAUAUGAACGUCAUCGGCAAUCUCGGCGGUGAUGUUGGACUAUCACCCGACAGUAUGGAACCACCACCAGAACCCGCGGAUCCCGAUCCAACACAUCUCUAUCACUGUUGUGUUUGCAAUAAUUUCGCCACCGAUUCACUUGAAGCCCUCGGUCAACAUUUAGCAGCCGAUAGAACGAGAACGCGCGAAGGUGAAAUUCUCGCACUCGUUGCCGGUCAUUUUGUCUGUAAACUCUGUUCCUAUAAAACAAAUCUCAAGGCAAAUUUUCAAUUGCACUGCAAGACUGAUAAACAUUUGCAGAGGUUGCAACAUGUCAAUCAUGUGAAAGAGGGUGGACCGCGAAACGAAUGGAAAUUAAAGUAUCUCGCGUCGCCAACAAGUGCGGCACAAUUACGUUGCCAUGCUUGCGAUUAUUAUACGAAUAGUGCUCAUAAACUUGCGUUACAUGCGGCAUCGCCACGACACGAGGCUGCCGCACUUCUUCUUCGUCAUUUACUCGAGGCUAGUUCUAAUGUACCGUCCGCGGCAAAGCUUUAUCAUUGUGCACUGUGUAUGUUCAGUGCACGACAUCGUUUGCCAUUAUUACAACAUGUGAGGUCACUUAGACAUCUUCAAAUGGAACAAAUGCAUCAAAUUCAUCGUCGUAACAGUAUUCAAGGCAAUGAAACGCCUCACACCGAUAUUGGUGAUGUUUUUCAAGUUGUACCGGAUCCAGAUGUACCCACAACACAACAAUCAAGCCCAACAACACCUACCACUCCAAAUGCCGCAAACACAAGCAAUGAGCGGCGAGAGGAAGGCAGUGAGAGUGGGAGUGAGGUGAAACAGGAACCAGACAACGAACCAGAACAAGAUCAAGAACCGGAAGCCGAAACGGACGAAAUUAAUUGUCCCUAUUGCACUUAUCAACCAACGUCCCGCGAAGAAUUAAGACAACAUAUGCAACUUGCUCAUGUUCAAGACACAGAGGACAAGGCAGAGAGUGUCAAGGAGGAACCAACUCCCGAUUUGCUUUGUCCACUUUGUCAAGAUGGUUUCAAAGAAAGAACAGCUCUUGAAAAGCACGUAAUGCAAAUUCAUUCAGUGAACGCUGACGGUCUUCAGAGGCUUUUACUAUUAGUCGAUCAGAGUCAUUGGUUGAAUAAUAAUCCAAGGAACACGUCAACGCCAGCAGCGGCGCCACCUUCACCUGGCAGUAUGACGAAACAACAGCCAGAGGAAGAUCUCAAUGAACAAACAGUCAGCGAGGAAGUUGAUGAAACAACCAGGUGUACAAUUUGCGGUAGAAUUUGUCGAUCGCUGGAGGAACUUCAGCAACAUCAUCGUGAAACACAUCCAGCGACAACGCCAACUUUAGCCGUGAGUGAAAAACACGUUUACAAAUACAGAUGUGGACAGUGCAGUCUCGCCUACAAGACACUUGAGAAGCUUCAACAACACUCGCAAUAUCAUGCAAUUCGAGAUGCAACAAAAUGUGCAAUCUGUGGACGUUGUUUUCGAUCCGUCCAGGCCCUGCAACGACAUCUUGAAUCAGCACACUCCGAUCUACAGGAAGACGAAUUGGCUCAGUAUAAGCAGAGUUUGCUACAUGCUCAUCCAUUGUUGCAGGCUCUAACUGAAGAAGCACUCAGACGACAGAGUGGAAUGAUCGCCGAGCAAAACACUGAAGACGAGAGUCGAUGCGAUGAAGAGGAAAGUGACGCCAGUGAUUCAUCACCAUUGCACAAAGAACAGAGGCUUUUGGAGGAUUAUUUAAACAGUCAACCAGUCGCUGAAGAUUCAUAUCACGAUCCUGGACGAAAAUUCAAGUGCCAUCGUUGCAAAGUAGCUUUCACGAGGCAAAGCUACCUCACUGGACACAACAAAACACUAUUACAUCGUAAAGGUGAAAAGAUGUCGUACCCAAUGGAAAAGUAUUUGGAUCCCAAUAGACCUUACAAAUGUGAUGUAUGCAAAGAAAGUUUCACGCAAAAGAACAUUCUCCUUGUCCAUUACAACAGUGUCAGUCAUUUGCAUAAAUUAAAGCGAGCAAUGCAAGAGCAGGGCAACAAUAACACCCUUAUUUCAGUGGUACCACCAGCCAGUCCCACUGAAUCCGCCGAAACACAACAAGAUCAAGAUAAGAAACCUUACAAGUGUAACAUCUGCAAAGUGGCAUACUCGCAGGGCAGCACUUUGGACAUUCACAUGAGGAGUGUUCUUCAUCAAACACGCGCUGGCAAACUUCAAGAUCUCGCAGCAAGUGGUCAAGUCGAUCUCGGAAGACCUUUGAUUGAACAACCACCACCUACAAGUCCAAACAGUCCACCGUGUAACACAAACACUGGCAGUGGUAAUAAUAUGCUCUCCUGUUCACGUUGCAGUGCUUUGUUCGUUAAUCAAGAACAAUUGGCAACUCAUCAACAGCUCUACUGCAUCUUCAGCAAUCCACUUGCUCUUUUUCAACAACUCGCCGCCUCCCAACAAAUGGCCACGAAUCCCUCGAAAACACCUCCACCAACAUCAUCAGCACCUCAACUUAUCCAGCAACAAGCAACAUCCCAACAGGCUUCUCAAACUCAAGACAUUCUCUCCCAACCCCGACACAAAACGUCACAAAUGUACAAACAUCUAUUAGAGAGUUUUGGAUUUGAUCUCGUGAUGCAAUUCAACGAAAAUCAUCAAAGACGUCAACGUAAGGAGGAGGAAGCUGCCGCUGCUCUACAAGCUCAACAGGAACAACAAAAAAAGGAGCAACAACAGCAAGCUCUAGCAGCACAAGCUGCACAAGAGAAGGAGGAAGAAAUUGACGAGCAUGGUGAUGACGAUGUGAUACCAGAACUUACUCGGAGUACAUGCCAGCACUGCAACAAGGAAUUCAGCAGCGUAUGGGUCUUGAAGGCACACUGUGAAGAAGUUCAUCGGGAUCUUGUUCCACGUGAGUUUCUUGAGAAAUACGCACAGCAAUUUAAAUGUGAAUAUGAGAAAAAGAGCGUGGUAGUUACAGCCGCUACUUCAUCAUCAACAACAACAACAGCACCGAGAAGUACAACACCCGCUGCCAAUCAACCCCAAGAUCUAACAUCCGACAAGGAGCAACGGAACAAGGACAAAGUGGAAUCACCAGACAGUAAAGAGAAUAUUAGCCGAACUCCUGAAGCAACAUCAACAACACCAGCAACAACACCGGCCCUGAGCAAUACUCCCGUUUCAAGUACCGAUUCUGGGACGCCAACUGCUUCGGCGACAAAUCCACAUCACAUGCAACAACAACAACAUCAGCAGCAACAACAGCAACACGCUCAAUUAACUCUUGCUCAACAAAUGACCGAAAUGCAAGCUGCUUUAAAUGCAAUGGCCGCAUCACAGUUGCAACAACAUCUUCAACAAUAUCCCGGUUUGAUGAUGGGAAUGAUGGGACUUCCAUUGGGACUCAAUGUUCCUGCUUUAGCAGCAAUGAACCUUCAGCCACCAUUGGUACCCAUGAUGCUACCACCUCCACCAUACGAUGGCGCUGCCAACGCUUAUCCUCCAAUCAAUGCUCAAGCCGAUCUUCUAGCCAAACAACAUCUUGCCCUCCAACAACAGCAAGCUGCCGUGGCAAAUGCCGCCGCUUCACAAAAACGCGCUCGCACACGCAUCACUGAUGAUCAACUAAAGAUAUUGAGAGCACAUUUUGAUAUCAAUAAUUCGCCUGGCGAAGAGCAAAUAUUAGACAUGGCUGCACAAAGUGGAUUGCCGCCAAAAGUGAUUAAACACUGGUUUCGAAAUACACUAUUCAAAGAACGUCAACGCAACAAAGAUAGUCCGUACAAUUUUAACAAUCCACCAAGUACAACACUCAAUCUUGAAGAAUAUGAAAAAACAGGCGAGGCAAAAGUCACUCCUUUAAACUCCAGUGUGUCCGGAAGCAGUUCUGAUGAUAAGAGCCCAAAUAAACAGACGUCACCACCACCAUCAUCGAUACCGACCAUCAGUACACCACAAUUACCUGAGAUCAAACAAGAAUUACCCGAUCCAAUUCAAUUUCUCCAACAACAUCAACCUGAGGAACAUCAACAACAUCAUUCACCAGGUAGUUCAGGUGGUCAACAAUCGCGUCCACAUUCACCAGCUCUCAGCAUGAGUUCAGUUUUUUCCGGACUACAUCAUGAUAUAUCAACACACUGUCCAUCAGUCACAAGUGCACCAAGCACACCAAUGCUACCACCAAAAGUGACACCUCAAAAUUUCGCCACUCAAAGCCCUGGCCAAGUGGUGAACAUUGUUCCAAGUUCAAUAGCCGCCAUGGCCUUGACACCCCAACGAUCCAUAAGUCCUGGCCGAGGACCAGCCGAUUAUUCCUUUGGUGGCAACAGCAAUGGGAGUAAUUCAUCAGGCGGUAGCUCGGGUAAACGUGCAAAUCGAACGCGCUUCACCGAUUAUCAAAUAAAAGUUCUUCAGGAAUUUUUUGAAAACAAUGCAUAUCCAAAGGACGAUGAUUUAGAGUAUCUCAGCAAACUUUUGGGACUUAGUCCGCGUGUGAUUGUCGUGUGGUUUCAAAAUGCAAGACAAAAAGCGCGUAAAGUGUAUGAGAAUCAACCGGCCGCUGAACCAGUGACACCGGGCGGUCGCGAAGGUGACGACGGUUCAGGACGUUUUCAAAGAACCCCUGGACUUAACUAUCAGUGCAAAAAAUGUCUAUUAGUGUUCCAACGAUACUACGAGCUCAUACGUCAUCAAAAGACCCAUUGCUUCAAGGAGGAGGACGCUAAGAGAAGUGCUCAAGCUCAAGCUGCCGCCGCUCAAGUUGCCGCUGUUCUCAGUUCUGAAGACAGUAACAGUAGUACCGCAACAACAACAAAUACCGGUACAAAUAAUCCAUCAACAACUCCAGCUCUUACCGAGCAAUUGCAACAGCCAAUGAAAAUAUCUACUCCACCACAUCAGCAACAACAGCCGCAACAGCAGCAAAGUCCUUCCCCACAGCAACAACAAUCUCAAUCACAAAAUGAAUCCAAGGAGGGUAGCUUCCAAUGUGACAAGUGCAAUCUAAUGUUUGGUAGAUUUGAAUUGUGGCGUGAACAUCAACUUGUACAUAUCAUGAAUCCGUCACUAUUCCCACCAGCCUAUCCACCUGAUUCACCAUUUGGUAUAUUGCAACAGCAGGCUUUAAACGCAACCACUGGCGUAUCAUCAGAGGCUCCUCAUCCACUAAUCGCCAUGAUGCAAGAUCGUAAGAGAAAAUUUGAUGACUUUGACGAUCUGACUGGUGAAAUUCGACCCAGUACCGAGCACAAUGAACAGCCCAAGGACAAAAGACUAAGAACGACCAUUCUACCCGAACAACUCGACUAUCUUUACCAAAAGUACCAAGUGGAAUCGAAUCCAUCGCGAAAAAUGUUGGAAACAAUUGCUCGUGAAGUGGGACUAAAGAAAAGAGUGGUGCAAGUGUGGUUUCAAAAUACUCGCGCACGCGAACGUAAAGGACAAUUUCGUGCUCACAGUCAAGUGAUCAACAAACGUUGUCCCUUCUGUCCAGCUUUGUUCAAAGUAAAAUCAGCCCUCGAAUCACAUCUGAGUAGCAAACACGCUGAUCAAGUGGCGCGUGGUGAAGUAAACAUUGACAACAUCCCAGACGAAGAACUCUCAAUGGAAUCCGCACCAUCGAAUCCAUCAACACCCAAUAUGAUGCCACCUCUCUUUCCACCAUUCAAUUCCGAAAUGGAAGCAUCACUGAAGAAAUAUUACGAGGAGUCAAUGAAGCGAUACAUCAGCGAACUUCAGGCACACACCAGCAAUGGUAAACAAGAAUCGGGAAGCAAUCAAACAACCGGCAAUUCCGGUGAAUCACCAUUAGACUUGAGCAAACCAGUUGAUCUCAGUCGUCCAGUGAAAUUAAGUCUUGGUGGAUUGAGCAGUUUACUUGAGGAGCAACAUGCAUUAAAUUUACGUGGUGGCAGUGAUUGUGGUCCAUUGACGGAUCUCUCGGAGCGUAGUAUUUGCGAUGACGACAGCUUGAGUGAGACCACUGAAUUUUUGGACGAUGAAAGUGGACCCGCAAGUCCAGCGUCAAGUACACAGAGUUCACGUCAGGGUGGACAGAGUGGCGGCGGUAAUAUGAGUGGCAGUCUACCAGUUAGCGGGAGCGGAGGCGGACAAUCAGGUGGCAAGAGGUAUCGGACACAGAUGUCAGCGACCCAGGUGAAGGUGAUGAAAUCCCUAUUCUCCGACUACAAGACACCGACGAUGGCCGAGUGCGAGAUGCUUGGACGAGAGAUCGGACUCCCAAAGCGUGUGGUCCAGGUAUGGUUCCAGAAUGCACGUGCCAAGGAGAAGAAGGCCAGGCUUGCGGCUGGAUUACCGGCCGAAGGCUCGGCAGUUCAACCACAUCGGGGACCAACGGGGCCUGACGAGUGUCGACUAUGUUCCGUUCGUUAUUCGCCCAAAUCACCACUUCAGGAGCAUGUCUUCUCACGGCGACAUAUUGAGGCUGUUCGUGUCGCUGUUGAAGACGGCAGUCUGGUACCACCAACACCGGGGGCACCAAUUCUCCCCGGUGGUGUUACCACUGUUCCCACUGCCGCCAAUCAAUCGAGCAAUCAACAGCAACAACAGCAGGACGAAAAUAUGAUGUAUGGAUCCCUCUUUCUUCAUCCCACGGCCAUGUUCCAGCAGCAGCAGCACACCAGUAGCGCUGCGGCCAGCACAACAACCACCACGGCCGUAGCGGCUUCAAGUUUGAGCGGAAACGUCACCAGUGGAGGUCUAAUGUCACUGCAGGUCGAAGGUGGAACACAAGUUCAAGUGCCACGAUCAUUAAUGCAGGCCUUUCUUCAACAGGAUCCAAAUCAUCCUGGAUUAGAGACAGUGCGUCUAUCUGGGAAUGCUGCCGAUGAUCCAUUGCCAUCUCAUUGUCGUGAAAUCGAGAGUGAGUUGUGCCUCGUGUGUCGCCGUUGUGGUAGAGCUUAUCCACAGGAGUCAACAUUAUUGGCUCAUCAACGAUCCUGCUAUCUUGGCAAUCAACAACGACGUGGUGCUUUACGUUUAGUGCAACCGCGUUACGCUUGUAGUUUGUGCGACAGCGGGACAUCGACAAGAACUUAUGGAACAAUCACUGAAUUACGACGUCAUUUGGAGACGGUUCAACAUCGAACGCGUCUUGAGGCUAAUCAUCAUCAUCAUCAUAAUCAUCAACAACAAAUUGGCAAGCAAUCUUUACAACAACAAAAACCAUUGCAAUUGGACAAUAUUCUUAAUAAUGUCGCUAAUAUGCAAUCUGGCGAGGAGGCAAAUCCAUUAAUCGACGAAAUGGAAGAUGUUGUCAACCAGAUUACACUUCUUGCUGCUCGUGCCGCUGCCGAGAGCACAACUGGACAGCAGACCAACGGGAAUCAGGACAAUAACAAUGGUCCAGACUCGAAAAGACAAAAACAUGUUCAGGAGGUUGCCGCUGUUGCUGGAGCGCGUUAAUUUUUUUUUUUUUUUUAGAUUACACGAAAAAAGAAGACUACUUUCAAAAUUUCGUAUACAACAAAAUCAUAUUCGAAAUUCAACGAGAGAGAAGAAGAAGAUCUCGAUAUUGUUCGUAACCGGUGGCUCUCUGACAAAAACAAAAAAAAAAAAAACAAAAACUGUUGAAUCACUGUGAUUCACAUGUGUGUGUGUAUGUGUUGUGUGACGGACCAAUCACACAAAAAAGAGAAAGAAAUCGCCUUUUUUUUCUUAAAAGCGCGAAAGGCCUCGUUAUCAGUGCACCGCCAGUACCGUGCCCGUUGGCUGUUAUUUUUGUAAUCAAUGUUUCGAGCAUGCGCAACAUAAUUGUGCACUCACUAAAGUUCCUCUGAAUUAAUUACAAAAUACAAUGGAAAAAUAAAAAUUAUUAACAAUGACUAAAGUGACAUUGAGAAUGAAAAGAAAAAAAUUUUAGCGAGAUCGAAGGAGAGACGGAUGUGGUGGUGUAUAAGACAAGAGUUUGGUUCGAGCGACCGGAAGAAACGUCGAGGCAGUCUGACAAAACGUUCCUAUGUAAAGUAAUAAUAAAAAAGUAAAAAGUAACUAAAAAAAAAAAAAAGUUACGGCAUCGUAGGGUAGAAGAACGGCGCGCUAAAGGUCGCCGAGGCCACGAGUACGUACGUAUCUCUCUCUCUCUCUCUCUCUCUCUUUAUCUAUUUCUCUUAUUAUUUCUACUCUAUUUAUAUUUGAAUCGUUUCUUUUGUCCCUUAUCCCCCCCCCCCUCUAGAAAUAAGUGUGAGAAUUGAUGUGUCUGUGUAAGAGAAUAUGUAUGAAUAACUGCGUGAUUCGGUGCGAGAGUAGGGAAUUUGCUAAAGAGUCCGUUCAGACUUUGCUUUUCAAUUCAUUAUAUCCCGAUGAAAGAAUCUUUUUGAUUCUUUAUAUACAUAUAUAUAUAUAAAUAUAUAAAUAUAGAAAUUGAUUUUUUGAUCAGUUUGGACAGGGUGGGAGAUUCUCUCAGCUGGGAGGGGCUCUCCUGCCCGUGGAGGUUCGCGAUUUUCGAAAUCGUGGCUCGUCCAAAGUAAAUUAAAAUAAAAGGGCCAUCCGAGCAUGGCUAAAGGAGUUUAAAAAAAAAAACCCAGCGACAUGGUUCCUAUAUUUAAUAAUAAAAUUACAUUUAAUAAAAGCGAAGAAAUGAUUAAUAAUUAUAGUUAUAAAUAAAAAGAAAAAAAAAAUUAAAAAAAAGUAACUCUAGUAUGGUAGAGGCAAGUAUCGAUAACGUCUAACGAUAAAAGUAAUGUUUACAAAAAAAAAAAAGGAUCGUGGCAAUGUUCAUUUUUUUUCUCUACUCGAGUGAGAGUAUAAUCGAAGGGGGGGGGGGGGGGAAUGAAUAGGGAAUGUGUGUGUAUGAACGGAGGUGAGGGAUGAACGUAUGUAAAAUCGUGGUCGAAAAGUAGCGACUAAAUAUACUUGUGAGAAAAAAAAAAAAAAAUAAAACUAAAACCAAAAAAGCGCUAAAGUUUAUGAGAACUUGAAACGACAAAAAUCACUAUUAGCUCAUAAGUUACGAUAAUGCUACGUUUAAUUGUGGAAAUAAUAAUGAAAGAAAAAAUGAUGCAUUUGUAGAAUGACGCAUAGGUAUAUAUAUAAUAUACAUAUAUUAUAUAUAUAUAUAUAUAUAAAAUAUAAAUAAUAAAUGAAUGAUUUAAUUAAUGAAUUGAUAAAUGAACAAAAAAAAAUAUAUAUAUAUAUUUAAGUAGAUAAAUAUAUAUAUAAAUAUAAAUAUAUGAAGAUGUUGUAACGUACUAGAAUUCUCGCGGGUACUAUCCGGAUGAACGUAUACGCGUACGUACGCGCGUGCGUAAAAAAAAAGAAAAUAACUCGCGAAAAAAAAAAUGAAGCCGGAAGUGCCACCGGAAGCGCGACGACGGAGCCUUCGUUUUUCAAAGAUUCAGUCAAGAAUCGACUCGGUCGUCGCGCGAGCACGAAUCACUAGGGUAAAAAAAAAAAGAUAAUUCGAAAAGCGAAACUGAUAAAAAGAGAUAAGGGCUGAAAAGAUAAUGGGGAUUGGGGUGGGGGAGGACGACGGUGGAACUACUAAAUUUUAAGAACGGGGUGGGGGAGUGAUUUUACUCACUUGAAUCGGGUAUAUAAGUUUAAAAAUAAAUCGGAGACAAAAUGAAAAGAUGUACGAGAUGGAGAAAGGGGGUAAGAAGAAGAAGAAGAGGUGAUUUAACGAAACGAGAAGUAAUAAAUAUUUCUAAGCUAAGCAACUCGAGGUUCCUGUCACAAAAAAAAAAAUGCUUUUCUAUGUAAUGUUGGUGACGACUAUUAUUACUAUUACAUUUGAAUUAUUGAUUAUUAUGAUUAUUAUUAUCAUUGUGAUUAAAUAUUAUGAUAUUGUAUUCGAUACGUGCAUGUGGUCAUGUACUUAUAUUUAUUAUGGAAUCGCGUAAAUUUUUAUGCCUUUAUGCUAAUACGAGAGACACAUUUGACUUGCGCACAGAAAAAAAAGACGAGAUUCGGUUAAAUAUAACGAAUUGAUAUAUGAGUGGGGUUAAAAAAAAACAAAAAAAAAAAAAAACUUGCGAAUUUUAUCGUCCGGUUGCUGUCAUGAAAAUUUUUUUUCGUGUCUAAUAAUGUUCCUGCCGCGAGUUGGUCGAAAAAAUAUUAUUAUUAUUAUUACUAUUAUUACUAAUUGGUGCGAGUAAAAUUGUUUUUUUAUAUAUACGUAUAUUAAUAUAUUAUAUAUAUAUAAUUAUACUGUCGCGAUAUCGUCCUCACCGAUCGGCUAAUCUCUAAUUAUAUACGCUCAUAUCGCGAUUAUUUAAGCUAAUGAAAAAAUUGGCACCGCGUGCCCAAAAAAAUGCACCGGGCGAUAUUAGAGAUAAAUCAAGUUAGCGUGCGCGCGCGCAAAAGUUUUUAAAGACUGCUAAAAUCAAAGCUUACUGCCUAAGGCUAAAGCGAAACGAUAAAGAAAACAAAAAAAAAAUUGUGUUUCAAAAACAACAAAUCUCGUGAAGAGCAAACGAGAUUCAAAGAAUGAGAGACAAAAAAAGAGAUAAAUGGUAAACGAAAAAAAAAAUUAAGAAAGGAAGUUUUUUCACAAAAAUGAAGUAAGUUUUAGAGGGAGGGAAAUAUUGAGAAAUGAGGCAACGACAAUCUCGCACCGCACACGCGCGUUCGUGAGAUCAAGUUCUUUCUUUCUUUCCUUCUUUUUUCUAUUUUUUUUUUUUUUUUUUUUUUUUAUUAAAAAUGGCGCCUAAAAAGCCCUUUAUUGUGAUUGAUAUCGGAUUGUUAUUUUUUCAAAAAAAUAAAAAAAAAAAUGUCGCCAAAAAUUUUCACAUUUUUCUUACUUAAUAAAAAAAAAUACCGCUCUUCUCUUUCGAUUCGACAUUAUCGUUAAAUUUUGAAAAAAUAUUUCAAUAAACCAAAACUAGGUACGCGUUUUAUAAUAAAAUCAGUAAUAUAUUGCAAAAUAAUUGAAAACAAAACCCGAGAUUAUGAAAAAAAAAAUGAAUAAAAUUGCAUUUUUUUUUUAAAUGAAAGACAGCAAAUUGUUGACAGUAAUCGAUACAUACCCUCACUGAAUAGAGGUACACACGAAUUUUAAAUAGAGGAACGAAAGAGGCGAACGGAGAUGAUGUCUAUAUACAUAUAUUAUAAUUAAGUCAUUUUUAAACUGAUUACGUACGUACGCGUGUACGCAGAUAUGGAAGUGAAAAAUUUUUUUUUUUGCGUUUUAAGUUAGAGAAAGGAUAUUGCGUGAUAGAGUAACCGAACCUCGCUACUAGCUGUUCCUAAAUCAACAAUGAAUGAGUGAUAAAGUGUGUGCAGAUAUAAGGAAUGAUUAAGAAACUAUUAUUGCGUUGGAGUUGACUGCCACGCCCGCUAAACCACUCUGCUCGUCGAUAUCAGCAGUCGCCUUUUUUUACCUUACUUUUCGUUCAUUUACCAUUUUUGCUCAUUAGAUGAAUUUUUUCUUAUCUUUCUCUUUUUUUUUAAAAAAAAAGCUCACUACAUUUUCUUCAUUAAUUAUUAAGCAUCAAAAUUAAAUUUUUUUUCACGAGAAAAUAAUAGAUUGUACUAUUUAUAAUAUAAAUUGUACAAUUUACAAUUGAGAUAUAGUAAAAGUUACAAUCUGUAUAGUAAAAUUCACUAUCUGUAGAAUAAGAUUUAAAUUGUAACAUUUACAGUCUAGAUUAUACAAUUUAGGAGCUGCAUUGUAAUACAUACAAUCGGCAAUUAUAACACAAUCUGUAGGAUAAAAUUUACAAUCUGUAUGGUAAAACUUACAAAUUGUUUUGUAAAAUUUACCAUCAGUAUGGCAAAAUUUACUAUCUAUAUUGUAACACAUACAAUCUGUAUGGUAAAACUUACAAUCUAGAUUGUAAUGUUUACAAAAUGUAUGUCAAUAGUUACAAUCUGUAUUGUACGAUUUACAAUCCAUAAACAGUGUAAUCUAUUUUUCUCAUUACAAAAAAUCAAAAAAAAAAUUUUUUUCUCUAUGAACUUCAGUUUUUUUUAAACACCCAAGUAAAGUUCGUCAACAAUGAGAAGAAGACUUUUUAAAAUUUUUCUCUGUCGUGUUUGAGAAAGCAAAAUAAAAAAAAAAUUUAUCUGAUGAGCAAUGGUAAUCGUAUUCUCAACUAUCAAGAGCGUCAUACGAGGUUGUCAUUCCAUCUAACUUCUUACUGAGACGAAGAUCGAAAAUGCAUUUUUCAUGAGAAUGCAUUUUUUACAGGGUCAAAUAUGCGAUAGAGAAGAAGCAAUUUGUGCGGUAGAAUGAUAUAUAAAUAAAAUCUGAUUUUACCAGGUCGCGCACAAUCAGUAGGAUGGCAAAUCUAAUGUGACAACAUUUGUGUAUGAACAUUGUAAUUCUUAAAAGUUACGCAAGUAAAAAAAAAAUAAAAACUAUCAUACGCAAACAAUAAACAUUUUGAAUAACAAAUCUUGUUUAUUUGCCAAAAAAAAAAAAAUACUGAAAUCAUUUCCUGAUGAAUAAAAGUUUAUUUCCCAGUAAACUAUAAGUAACGUAAAACAUUUCGUUGCGUCUGACUGCAAAUGACCUUCUCCACUUGAACAUUAUUAUCUCUAUUUCAAAAAUAUUCAUUAUAUUAUUAAUUUUUUUACUUGUCAAUUAAACUCUCUUGCAAUGUGAAAAAUUUGUCUCUCCACAAAAGAAUUUUCCACUCAGAUAUUAAUUUAUUUAAAAAUCUAUAUUCAAAAUUAAAAAUUAAAAUCGACAUUUCAAUUUCAAGAACACAAAUUAUAAUAUAAAUUGUAAAAAGUUAUUUUUGUAAACAUAUUAUUCUUUAUUUAUGACAUUGUUAUGAAGACACUUGGAAAGUACAAAAAUACCAAGAAAUCGAAAAAGUUGACUAUAUAUAUUGGUUAGCUGACAAUCUGCUCUCAUUCGCAGUGUGUCCGAGUUCUAAUUUCUCAUUAGAGAGCAUUUUCCACAACGCCAUUAAUAGAAAAUCACGAUUGGCAUGACAAACUCGUAUGAUCGUUUUAAAAAAAGAAAGCAGCCCGUAAUAAAUCUCGUCAUUAAACGAAGCGUCACUAUAUAAAGCGAAAGCAGAAUCUCAACGAGCAGAGUUAAAACGCGGGUCUCGAGCGCCAUUUUUAUUAAGUGAAAUAAGUAAGCGAAAGGGUGUAAUGUCGGAAAAGUUUUCGUUGAGUUUUAAUGUGUUACGUAAUUAUUAUUGAUCCUAUUGAUUAAUUAUUUAUUACCAUUGCGGCGAAUUAUUAUCGAAAAAAAAAAUCGAUAGGAAUCUUUAUUAUAAAUUAUUAUUAUUACGAUUAUUAUCAUUAUUGCGAUUAUUAUUAUUAUUAUUAUUAACAUUAUUAUUAUUAUUAUUAUUAUCAUCUUUAUUAUUAUUAUUAUUAUCAUUAUUAUUAUUAUUAUCACCAUUAUUGUGAUUAUAAUAAUUAUUACUAUUAUAUUUAUUGCAUUGAUGAUUAUUAUAUCGAUUAAAUUGUGAAUUUGACCGAUUACACGAUAAAAGAUACUAAAUGAUAAUGAUAGUGAUUAAUUCUUGUGAGAGAUUGCCAUGUGUAUAUCUAUGUGUACUCACUAUGGGGUCCCAUGUGGUCGCCCGAAACGCCGACCCAUUACCUAAACAAAAUCGUCAUUUAGGUCCAGCGUUACAAUUCCGCGCUCGAAUCAGAAUGCGUUCUCGCGGGUCUUUUUGCUCUCGCAAAAACAGCUUUUUUUUCAUUCUUCGAGACGCCAAAAGACUUGCGAUAAAAAUGUGCAAUCAUUACCAUACAUAGAUAUUUCUAUAAUGUUUGUAUACAAAAAUUUAUGUAUGGUUUAAAAACAAUUUAUGCAUUAACGUAAAGACUCGUUCGUCUUUAAGUUAAUGCAAAACAUUUUAUAUACAAUGCAAAGAAAAAAAAAAUACUAUAUAUAAAUAAGUGAAAAAAAAAAAAAAUGAAAAACGCAUCGAUCCGAGCGCCGUCCCGUCUGGUCUAUACAAGUAUUAAAUAUGAAAAUUUUCUACUUGUAGAGAAAUCAGUAUUUGUGUGUGAUGAACGCAUGAUCCGUAAAUGAUGAUUUCAACUAGGUUAAAGGGCCGGUGGAAUCAUGUUCCUACUAGGUUUCAUAUCUAUGCAAGUAAUUAAAUAUACUACUAAUUAUAAAGAUAACGAUGAAGGAUACGAGGAUAUUAUAUAUUAUUGGAUAUAUAUAUAAAUAUAAAUAUAUAUAUACAUAAUGAUAUGACUAGCUGUAGUCUAACACCGCGACAUACUGUUUUUUCCCAUCCCAUUUUUGGAUACACGCGAAACACAAAAUACACUUGUAUACAUUCACAAUUGACACAACACUAACACACACGCGUGCGUGAAAAAUUGUUUACGACCUGUUUUACGAGCUGGACAAUAUAAAAAGAGAACACACAAAAAAUAUUACAAGAAAACAAAUCAAACCAAAAUCAUCAAAAAAAAAAAAAUUUAAACUUGUUAGCGCGAAAGUAAAGCAGAUGAAUAAGUAACAAAAAGGAAACAAAGAAAAAUUUACGAUGGCUCGUAUUAUUCGCAAAAACACACAGGUUAAUCUCCCAAUAUAUUCCUUCAUAGUAUCAUUAAGAGUGAUACUUGAGUCAACCAAAAACCUUACGAACAACCUGUUCUCAAAUCCAUGCAGAAACGAAUCAACUUUGCGUAAUGACAUUAUUAAAUAGGAAUUUCAUAAAAUGCAAUGACUUUAUUAAUAAUAGAGAUUUAAAUUGCGAAAGCAAUUUAUGAAACAAUUUGUAAAUGAUUGCAAGGACAUGAUCCAUCAUUAAAACGAUAAAAUUUAAAAUAUUUUUAACUUGGUUUCAAACAAUUGUCAAGGUCUUCUAUAUGAUACACUGAUGAUUUACAAAAAGUUUUUCAUUUUCACCCCCUCAUGCCAAUUAUCCCAAUUCCUCCCCAUCCCUCACCCUUCUAAAUCUCACAUUCGUUGUAAUGAAUGCAAAAAAAAAAAAGAUUGCGAAACACGCCAGGUACUCGUUGUUUUUCUAACGCCACUUUCGUACUUUAAGAUGAAUCACUCCAAUCGUGCCAUCGACAUCUUUGUACUUGUAAAAACACAUUUUUAGAUUUUUAAUUCAAUUGUAAAAUACGAGUCCUUAUUUCCUAUAAUUAUUGUCAAUAGGAAUAUUUUUUUUUUAUUUAUUAUUAUUCAUAUUUGUGAAACAUCUGCGCCUGUGAUUCAAAAAAUUUUUUAAAAAAACCUCAAUUACGGAAAUUAAAAUUUCUUGGGAAUAAUUAUACCCAAUAAAAAAAACAAUUCGAAUGAAAAUCACAUAUCAUAUUCUGCAAUUAUAUAAUAAUCGGAAAAAUUCAUUCCAGGCGCGGAUGAUGCUUUUUUUAAGUGAGAAAUAUUGUACAAUCCCUAACUUAAGUUAGCGACACGCUUGUGUGUUUCUGAUCAAAUGUGAGUGCCAGAAUGACAAGAAAGUAGUAAUAAAGAAUGCGAACAGAAUGUAUAAGGCAAAAGUUAAAUUCAUAAUCAUGACAUGAAAAAAAAAAUUCAAUCUUAUUUAAAAAAAUCAAUGAAAAUUAAUUAAAAAAAUAACUAUUCGUCUAAAAGUACAAAAAAAUGUUAUCUACUUUUGCGACGAAUAGAUAUUAUCAUCCAUCAAUGUUUGCAUUUCGAUUAACACAAAUUUGAUUUUAUUUCCGGUACACAUAUGGUGAGUGUCUCAUUUCCGUAUUUUGAAUAUUAAGCCCUUUUCGUCGAAAUUUGCAUAGAAAUGACCGAUCGCACAACAAAUGUCGCGUGACAAUUUAAACAUUGAAAUGCAAAUGGACCACUGAACAAGAUUCGUUUGCCUGCUCAAAUUUGAUGUACCAUCGCGAUAUAUCGUUCGAAUCUUGAUGGGUAUAUAUAUAUCGAUUGAAAUUGCAUUUAUAUAUUUUUUUCAAAUAAAAAGAGAUAUGAAUCUAUCACAAGUCAUGAUUGUGAAUUUAAUAAAUUAAGUAAUGACUAAUGAAUUGUAAGAGCAAUACGAAAAAAAAAAGAGAAAAAAAACCAAUCAACACUUAUGAACAAAUUCUAUUCUUUACAACCCGAGAGAAAGCCUUUAACAACACAAUUCCCUGUACACUGCAUCGCAAGCUCGUCUGGUUUUCUGAAAAACUCAACAAAAACUAAACUGUACUAAACCUCGACGUAUUCUAUUAAACGCUAGUUUAUCAGAAAAUUUAA